AGAAUAACAAUGGCAGCAUUUUCAAUAACCAAGAACAUCAUCUUCAACCUCUCAAAAACCUUCCCAAAUUCCCCUUCUCUGUUUCCCGGGUCUACCCAUAAUGUCUCUCGGGUCUGCUUCACCUCCGCCUCUAAGCACAACCGGGACAGAAAUGCAGAGAAUGAUAAUGAUUUAUCGGAUGUGGCGAGAGAAACGACCAAGGAAGGCGCUGAAAGAGCGAGAGCACGAGCAGAGCAGGCUAUGGAAAAAUCGGAGGAUAUGAAAGAAAAGGCUAAAGAACGAGCGGGUGAUAUGAAAGAAAAGGCGAAAGGAUACGCCCACGAAACUAAAGAGAGUGCGAAAGAGACGGCGAAAGAGACUAAAGAGAAAGCGGAAGAUUAUGCGUAUCAUGCGAAAGAGAAGGCUAAAGAAGGGAAAGAGAGGGUUGCUGAUACUGCACAUGAUGUGAAGGAAAAGACGAAAGAGAAGGCUGAAGAGGGGAAAGAGAGAGUUGCAGAUACUGCACAUGAUGUGAAGGAAAAGGCGAAAGAUUACGCUGGUGCAGCUUCUGAAAAGGCGAGAGAUGGGGCGAUUAAGGUGGUGGAAACGGUGGGGAGCGUAGGAGAUAAAGCGAAGGAGACGAUGAAAGGUGCUUGGGAUGCUGCGAAGAAUACUACUCAUAAGAUUAAGGAGACAGUGGUCGGAAAAGAUGAUACCAGUAGCGGCACCAGCAGCAGUGAGAGCGACGAGGAUGAUUAUGGUAAACGAGGGAAAGCGAUGGAUGAAGAUGUGGUGGAUUUGAGACGGAAAGCCGGUGGAGGAGAGAACCUUGAUUUCAAUAAGAAGGAUUGAGGGAUGAGUUUUGCUUUGAUCUUUCUUCUUUGUUGUGUUCCAACACAUAAGUAAAUUACAUGUUAAUUGAGUAUUUUCUUUAUUCUCAGUUUGCUGGAGCAAGUGAUCAAUAUAUUUCGGUAUUUUGGUUACUUGAUUGAAGCCUAUGCAUACAGUACUAAGUUUCAUAAUUCUAGUGUUGCUUCGCUGCCAAAAAGGAUUGUGAGUCAUAAUGUUUUUUCUAAAUAACUUGGUUGAAAUGUUCAGACAGA